AUGUCCGACGACGCCUACUCGUCCUUCCUGGACAAAGCGAACUCAGACCUUAACGCCGGCCGCAGUCAGCAAGGAGGCGGCACCGCCCGCACCGAGACUGUCCACACGAACGUGAAAGUGCCCGCGCCCCUACAGUCCGUCGACGCAUACUACAUUUCUGACACCGACGAGCCCUUCGAGCCCGUCGCAUUCAAAUGGGAAGGAGCUAGCAAGGGGAAAUGGCCGAGUGCCGACCAGUUCUCUUCCUUGAUCUCGCCGUCGGCUGACCUGUCCGGUUCGAUCGAGACCCUUUCGGCGUCCUCCUUCGAUCCGAAGAACCAGUAUGCAUCUGCCCUGCGUGCUGUGCGUGCUGCUGCUGUCGAGGGGGAUUCCGGUGCCGAUCAAUCUGCUGUUGAUCUCAAGGUUUAUCGCGUGGAGUUGAGCAGCACCAAAGUCGAGUACUGGGUUCUGGCACUCGAGCCGGCCGAGGGGAGGUUGGUGGGACUGCGGGCUAAGUCUGUUGAGUCGUAG